UUUCUUUCAAGAUUGUAUUGUCAGACUGAUUUUACUUCUGAACCAGAGAUUCCGGAGGUCCUAGCUUGUCCAAGCUAGGGGAUGAAAGCUCGAAACAAUUCCUCCCUCAUCUUGUCUACAUUCCCCGAUUGACCCGCGAGCUCACACCAUACCCAUACACGAGCGAAGAAGGAAGGCACGCGACAAUGGCACAGGCUACAGGUGGGAGAGAAUCUCCCAAAACCCAUAGAAUGGGCGAGCAUUGGAGCGGUGGCAAUCCUGUUCCAACCAUCAGCCACUUCAUGGAUCGUCUGGAGCAUGACAAGCAGGAGCGAAAGGCCCAUGAAGAGACGCUGGCGGCCAGAAAGCGGGAGCAACAGGCCCAGAACCAGGAGAUGCCUCAUAAGCCUCGGGAGACCACCGGCAAGACGCGCAUGGUAACCGAUCCCACUACGGGCAAGGAAAUUGAGGUGGAAGACUUGGAUGAAGACUCGAUGGAUGCUGUGAAAGACCCCAGGUUGGUAGUCCCCAAUGCCAAUCUUGGAAAACCAACGGAGGUCAAAACAGCGCCAGACCAAAGCCUUUCGCAAUAUAAGGAGAAUCAGGACAUUACGGCACCGCCCGAUCCGAUCGCAGAGGGCACCACUUCAGAUGUCCCUAUCCACGGCGAGAAAACAAAUGUUCUAUUCCACCCCACCCCGACAGUCACCUAUAAGCCGAUGUUUGAUCAAUUGGAAAGACGAGGAAUUGGUCUAUGCUUGGGUAUAGUUGCGGGAAUUGUCUUCCUGGGCCGCAUGUUCAAUGGAUCGCUAUGGGGCCUGCUUCCGCUCAGUUUCUGUAUUGCAAGUGGUGUUUGGCUGUGGGUGCAAGAAGUCAUCCGCAGUGGCCGGGAAAUGGAAUGGAGCAGUGAACAGAUCCGGGGUCAAAUGGCCACCGCCAACCUACUUCCGGAAUCCGUCGAAUGGAUGAAUUCGUUUCUUGGUGUGUUUUGGGGCCUGAUCAAUCCUGAGAUGUUAUCUCCCGUCGCCGACACCAUCGAAGACAUCAUGCAAGCUUCGGCGCCGGGUGUGGUUGAAAACGUGCGCAUCGCGGAAAUUGACCAGGGAAACAACCCUAUCCGGAUUCUGAGCCUGCGCGCAUUGCCAGAUGACCAUGUGAAGCAGCUCAAGGAUCAGGUUCACGAAGAGAACGUCAAGAACAAGGACCCUCAGGAGGCUGCGGCUGCCGAGGAAGGCGGCGAUUAUUACAAUAUUGAAGCAUCCUUUGCCUACCACGCAAAACCGAGCGGUCAAACAACUUCGUCCAAGGCGCGCAACAUGCAUAUGCAGAUUGUGUUCUAUCUGGGCGCCAAAGGCCUUUUUGGAGUACCAUUUCCUGUCUUUGUAGAAUUAACGGAAUUGGUAGGCACCGUGCGAGCAAGGUUCCAGAUGAUGCCCGAGGCUCCUUUUGUGAAGGACGUGACGUUCAGUCUAGUUGGCCUUCCCCACGUCAAGGCCGGAUGUAUGCCUAUGGUCAAAGGGGGAGUUAACAUCCUCAAUCUGCCCUUAAUCUCAAACUUCGUCAACUAUGCCAUUGCCACAGCGGCUGGUUUGUUUGCAGCACCCAAGUCCAUGACAAUGGACCUUAGCAUGUUGCUCAAGGGCGACGAUAUCGUCAAGGAAACCCAGGCUCUGGGCGUGAUGUGGGUGCGUAUCCACCGUGCAAUUGGCCUUAGCAAACAGGAUCGGCGCGGCAGCUACGGUGGGGGCAGCGAUCCGUAUAUCAACCUGUCGUUCUCCAAGUAUGGAAAGCCCAUGUACUGUACUCGUGUGAUUACAGACGACUUGAACCCGGUUUGGGAGGAAACCGCCGCCUUGCUAGUCACACCCGAGCUCAUCAAGGCGGAUGAAGCCCUGAGCGUCGAACUCUGGGACUCGGACCGCACGACUGCUGAUGACAUCGUCGGCAAGGUAGAGUUACCUAUUCGGAAGAUGAUCCAGCACCCUGGCAAGAUGUAUGCGCAGGUGUCAAAACUACAAGGCCUCAACGAAGGCAGCGAGAUGCCAGGAGAGCUGCAUUGGGAAGUGGGCUUCUUUGGCAAACCGAAGCUCAGGGCAGAGUUGCGAACCGAUGGCAAGAAGAAAGAUCUACCCGAGCAAUUUAGAGACGUCCAGGAGUUCCAAGACGAGAAGGGUGUCAUUAGCAACGAGGAGGAGGAUGCCAUCACCCAUACGCCUCCAGAUCCCUUGUGGCCCAGCGGUAUUCUUAGCAUCGUGAUCCAUCAGAUUGUCAACCUGGAGAUCAACAAUGUCAAGGGUAGUGAAGGAAACCGCAAGGGACGCGAAUACGAGCCAGCCAAACCGUAUGGCGACAACACAGAGGAAGAAGGCAGCCAUCUUCCCACAAGUUACUGCAAGAUUAUCCUCAACGACGAGCUGAUCUACCGCACACGCGCCAAGGCCUUGAGCUCCAAGCCCAUCUUCAACGCCGGAACGGAACGAUUCAUUCGUGACUGGCGAUCCGCCUUUGUGACUAUCGGAGUGCGCGACCAGCGUUACCGCCAGCACGACCCAAUUCUGGGGGUCGUGCCUCUGAAGAUCUCAGACCUCUUGCAAACCAGCUCCCAAGUCACCAGAUGGUAUCCUCUUGAUGGUGGAAUUGGAUUCGGACGCAUCCGCAUCUCUAUUCUGUUCCGGUCCAUUGAGACUCGCCUCCCACCCAACAUGUUAGGCUGGGACGUUGGCACCUUUGAGUUUGUCUCCGAGAAACUCACCACUGUGAACUUCAAUCAACGCUGCAAGAUCAAGCUCCGCACCGGUGGCAGCAGCGGCAAGAUCACCAAGCACGUCUGCUCCGUCGACGAGAACAAUAACCUCACCUUCGACCUUUCAGACGAGACAUAUCGCCGUAGCCUCCGGCUCCCCAUCAAGCACCGCUAUCGUUCCCCUGUCGUCUUCGAAUUCCAUACCCACAAGAAACAUCACCCGUCCGCAUAUGCCGUCUUCUGGCUCCAGCACCUGGUUGACAACGAAACCACGGAGAUUGACAUUCCCAUCUGGCACACCAAGAACGGCAAACGCCUCACGCAGAACUACAUCACGGAGCAAAACUGGGAGUCAAAGAAGUCCCCCGGGCUGGAAGACCUUCGCGAGAUAGGCCGCCUCCGCUUCAGCGGCCGCUUCAGCCCAGGCAUCGACGACUCGCACGAACGGUUCGUAGUAGACAGCAACUCGCGCGAGACCUUCGAGACCUGGGAGGCCUGCGUCGCGGAGGGCGUGCGCUCCCAGCACAUGUCUGCUUCCGUCCCAGAGGAAGUCGAAGAGCUGCACGAGAAAUCACUCAUCGACGGCCGCGACAUUCUCAAGCACGCUGACCCACGCGAACGCAAACGCUGGCUCGACAAGCAAGGCUACGACUGGAGCGGCGCCUUCGGCCACGACCCCAGCGCCUAUCUUGACGAGCACGGCAAGCAAGUCGCAGAACCGGGCAGAGAAUCUCCGCCGCAUAACCCGUACAACCCCCCACGUACCGAGGCCACAGCCUACGGUACCAUGCACGCGGAGGAGAAAACAAAAGCCCACCCAGACAGCUCCUCGUCUAGUGAAUCCGACGACGAUGACGAUCACGAUCACGAGAUCAACAACUCCUUGCAACCUCAGCAGCAGCGAACCCUAGCUGACAACGACGACUUCGACGUCAACAGCAACCUCCGCCGCUCCUCGGAGACAGGCACCAACACCACUACAACUGCCAGCGCCAGCAGCGGACCCAGCCGCUCCAGCACCAACGAGGUCCAAAAGAAGGCCGAACAGCGCAGCGAACAACGCCAGCAGCGGGGGAUGAUGCAGUGGCGCCCUGUGCGGAACGCGGUGUUCGCGCGCGACGAGACCAAGUACGCGCUCCGUAAGAUGAAGAUGAAAUUCACAGGGAAUCUGUCGGGUCGGGAGCCAGAUAUCGAGACCGAGACGGGGACUUGAGUUUGAAAUACCUACCAUGAUUUGUUCUCGUUCUUUUCGGGUUCUUCUAGUUCGAUUCAAUUGUGUACACUACAGUCUGGAGUUAUGAGUAUACUAAUGAAUGAGCCU